UCUGUUGUAGAGAGAGAGAGAGAGAGAGAGAGAGAGAGUCAUUGUGUGGAUUGCUGUCGAGGCUGUUCUGUCCUUUAGCUGCCUGCAUCUUUCUGAACUGCAGUUGUUUCCUGCAUCGUAAUAGUAGCUGAUUGGGGGCGACUGCGAGGAAGAAACACCCCCCCUCUCAUGGACUGCUGGGGUUAGUGCUUGAUUAGAAAUUCCCCUCAUUUCUGGUGGCAUGGUAUUGCUGUAUUACUCUGUCUUCUGUCGUAAUCCUAAAGGGAAAUGUGGGCUUUGAAGCUGUAAAAAUAAGAUAUCGGCUUGUGAGCAGCUCUGAGUAGGAGAUUGCUGUUGGCUUAAAAUCAGCCGGCCAAGUGAUUUACCCCUGAAGUAUCUACUGUUGGACACAUCGGAGGUAAUGAGUACUGCAGCUGUUCAGCAGAAGCAGAUAAAGUGCAUUGCACUUUGAAGUGCACAGAGAUGCUACUGAUGUGUCAGCACUAGAUCCACUGGAUUUUUCAGUUCUCAAUGCAGACCCUUUACCUAUGUCAGAAAUGAAACGGGAGGAAGAGAUAUACCAGCAAACAGAAGAUCAACAACAGACCUGUUACAUGGAGCCAAAUGAAAACUUGAACUGAUCUGAUAAUAAGAAGAAAGACAGCUGAUAUUCAUUUAUUUAUACAAGGAAAUAAUUUCUGCUCUGCCGUGACAGUCACAAUUUUAAAGCAGGCGGGACUGAUAAAACCGAAUAAAAUUUUUGACUGUUUGUAUCACAUUACUUGGAAAAGCCAUCAGCUACAACUGACUCGGCUGGCACCCUUUACCUAAGAACCAUCAUUGCUCUGGGGGUCUUUUUGAUAAGUUAGAUGCAGCAUGACUUUUGGGCUAAAUGCACAGAAUUACUUGAACUACACAGAAGAUGGAAUGGGAGAGAACAGAAGACGAAAGCUACGUAACAAAUACUUGCGCUACAGCGGUCCAUACACACAAACACUCACAUUCACUUACUGAGGUUUGUCAUCGAUGGGCCUUUUAUUUCUUGCUCUCUCUCUCUCCCUCAGAUUUACCAGCACAACAUAUCAGCUGUCUCCUAGGCAACCAGCCCUUACAGAGUCAGACCCUCUUUGAGAAGAGCUGAAGGAAGCAAUGGAAAUAAAGAUGCUGUAAAAAAAUAAAAAUAAUAAAACACAGUACCAAAGAAAGUGAAAAUAUAUCCAGACUUAUUUUUCAGUCAAAAAGGAAAGUUUCCACUAGUUCAAAGGAAUCAAAAAGACAACACUCAAGAAAAGCAUUACAGUGGAAGUGUUACUGCAGUCCUGAUUCGGAUCCUGUGAGGAAUUACUCUGCGUUGAAUGAAAGAAAAGCUUCUGGUCUGCCUGAGAGAAGACAAAAGUAUCUACCUAAUGAGGAAAGUGGAGGAGGUUUAUACCUGUGAGGCAUCUUCAGAAGAAGGGCUAGUCUUGCUUUCUUUGCUGAACAGACGAGUCACAGUGAAUUCUAGGAGAGAGCAUCUGUUGUACAUUGUGAGCCACGAGGAAGGAGAUGCAGUGGAAAUGAGAAAGCAGUAUCUAGCUUCAGAAAGCCUGUGGCCAACAGUCUGUCCAGACUAAUGCACAGGGAAGGCAACUGACUGGCAGCAGAAUGUGUCUCAUUUCUGAAUUAAACUGUAGAAAGAUAGUGCACUGCUAGUGUGCUUCCACACUUCUAUUUGUGCAUUCCCCUAAGAUAAAACUUGAGAGUUAUUAAUUGCCAGGUUCUCAAGAAAGGCUGGAUUCCAACGUUGCAGUUGUAUCACCCUCCAUUGGGCUAGUCAUGAAGUGUUCUUUCCGUGUGUGGCUUCUCUCCAGUGCCCUCCUCCUCAUUUUUGUGACCUCCCUGCUCUUCACUUACUCACUCACCAGUGUUGCCAACCUUGCUUAUGUGGACCUUCCAGCAGUUGUAGAUACCCAUCGGGUCAAGUUGGUUCCCAGUUACACCAUUUUAAAGAAACUGGAACAGAAUAGGACUCCAGUGAAUACAUGUGCCUGCCCUAGAUGUGUGGGUGAUCGGGGGAUUUCUCCCUGGUUUGACAGCAAUUUUGAUCCAAACAUCUUGCCUGUGUGGACCAGGUCUAACAUGGAUCUGCCUCCUGAUGUUUACCAGUGGUGGGUGAUGCUACAACCUCAAUUUCCAUCCCAUAAUGUAAAGCAGUACCUCUCUGAGCUCUUCCAGAUCAUACCUGGUGACACUCCGUAUGGCUCAUGGGAUCCUUCCCGCUGUCGACGAUGUGCUGUGGUAGGGAACUCUGGGAACCUGCAUGGAUCAGGCUAUGGGAAGAACAUUGACAGCAACAAUUUCAUUAUGAGAAUAAACCAAGCACCAACUGUAAAUUAUGAGGCAGAUGUCGGCAAGCGGACCACCCAUCACUUCAUGUAUCCUGAGAGUGCUAGGAACCUACCAGCGAAUGUCAGCUUUGUGCUAGUACCAUUUAAGGCACUGGACCUGCGAUGGAUAACAAGUGCCCUUUCAACAGGCAACAUUGAGUUUACGUAUGCACCUGUGAGAAAGUUCCUCCGAGUGGACAAAGAUAAGGUACAAGUCUACAAUCCAGCCUUCUUCAAGUACAUCCAUGACAGAUGGACCCAGCAUCAUGGAAGAUACCCUUCCACAGGAAUGUUAGCACUAUUUUUUGCUCUUCAUAUAUGUGAUGAGGUCAGUGUCUAUGGGUUUGGAGCAGACAGGCGUGGCAACUGGCACCAUUACUGGGAGAACAAUCGUUAUGCUGGUGAAUUUCGCAAGACUGGUGUCCACGAUGCAGACUUUGAGGCCCAUGUAAUAAACUUGCUAGCCAAGGAGGGCAAAAUCAGUGUCUAUCGUGGGAAAUAAGUCUCACAGAUGGUGACAGUCUCAUUUUACCAAACAGACUGUGGGAUUAUCACUCAAUUGGAAUGCUUUGUGAACAAGCUGUAAACUGCAGUUAAAAUGAUGCAUUUCUUUCUUUGAUUUAUGUCCUAAACAAAAAAACUCAGGUCAGAGACAUAUCAAACAAUAAUCAGAUGGGAUCAUGAUACCAGCCUAAGCCUUUUGAUUAUGGAAUAGUGACUUUACCCAGGAAUUAACUCACAGGCGUAUUGAGAUACCAGUGGAAUCUACAGACUAAAAUGAAUGCUGAGCAUUUUUGGAACUUUCUUCAAUGAAAAUUAUGUGCAUGUGCAAAUCUGCAGUUGGCCGGUGUUGGUCAGUACUAGCAGGAGGGUUUUGCUCUUCUAGGAUUCAGUGCUGUUUUAUUAUUGUUGGUUUUUUUUUUUUUGCGGGAGCAAUUUCAUUUAUUGUCAUACUCCACUGAAAUAGUUUUGGCAUAUUUAUGAAAUUACUUUAAUACAUGCCUACCGCAAGUCUGAAAAAAGUGUUUAUGAAAGCGAGAUUGUGUAUUCUAAAGGUUGCCUUGAUUAUCAUUCCUCAUAUCAGUGUAAUAUUGUGGUACUCUGCCUGUUGUGUGCAGACACAACACUAACCAUGGGAGAAACUGCUUUUUCUUUAAUAAUGGUCAUUAUGGCUUCAAAUGAACGUUAAUGUGUAGAUUUUAGGAAACAAAUACUCCUUCCACAUGCAAAUGCACAGCUUGACAACACUGGUUGCAAUUUACCCCUGAUGGGAGGGUAAUAAUCUGAUAUUUAUUUGUAGUUUUUCAGUUUGAAUCCAAUGCAUAUAAGUUGCUUGGUGUGUUAUUAAAAGAACCAUUUUCUUUCCUCACAUGCCAAAGACUGCACAGGUAAGAAGCAGGUGAAAAAAGUAUAAAGGCAGAAUCAGUCAGAUGCAUUUUAGAUACCCUAAAGAAACUGGAGAGUACUGCAGUGUUCUGUACUAAGAAUGUGUUUUGCCAAUUAUGUAGAUUUGCUGGAGCAAUCAGUAAACUCUUCCAUCCUUAUUCUCCUAGGAAGGAAGUUGUAUUUAUUAUUGUUAACAAUGUUAUGAUUGUCACUUUAUUUAUCUUACUGCCCCCUGAUCUUAAUGGAAUGGAAUGAAAGGUAAUAGUAUGCAGUUAUCUGGAAAGGAGCAAGGGAUUGCACCACUAUGUGUUUGGCCAUUGCUAAGUCACAGGAAGUUGCUUUUUAUGUCCUUAACUCCUUCAACAGACAGGUAGAGUCCUUCCCUGUAGAGUGAGUUGGCUUUCACAGUGAUGACCCAAGAGUAGGGCUGAGAAAGUCAGAGGCAGUGUAUGAUUGCAACAGUAACAGUGUUUGAGAUAAUUGAUGUGAAUUG